AAAUAGAGGGGGCUUAAGUGGGCUAAGUUCGACAAAUUCGCGGGCGGCACUGACGGGCACGUGUUGGGGUCUGGUCCACAACAUUUAAAUUAUUUUUAAGCGCAGAAUUGGCAGUAGCACGCACGCAAGUAACAGCUCCAGCUCCAGUCAAGUCCCAGCAUGUUCUAUCUAAUCGGACUCGGCCUUGGGGAUAUCAAGGAUAUCACAGUGAAAGGGCUCGAAAUUGUCAAGCAAUGCAGUCGUGUGUAUCUCGAAAUGUAUACAUCAAUUUUGGGCUGUAGCCUUGAGGACAUGCAAGAAUUCUACGGUCGACCGCUGCUGCUGGCAGACCGUGACCUUGUGGAGCAGGGUGCCGAUGAGAUUCUGGCGGGAGCGGGCGAGACAGAUGUGGCCCUCCUGGUCGUCGGCGACCCCUUCGGCGCCACCACGCACACAGACUUCAUUUUGCGCGCCAAGGAGAAGAACAUACCCUACAAAGUAAUCCACAAUGCGUCCAUAAUGAAUGCCAUCGGCUGCUGCGGCCUGCAAUUGUACAAAUUUGGAGAGACUGUGUCCAUACCAUACUGGGACGAGACCUGGAAGCCAGACAGUUUUUACGACAAAGUCAAACUGAAUCGCCUGCACAACAUGCACACGCUGUGCCUGCUGGAUAUCAAGGUGAAGGAGCCCACCCCCGAGUCGCUAAUGCGCAAACGCAAGGAGUAUAUGCCGCCGCGCUUCAUGAGUGUGGCGGAGGCCGCCCACCAGCUGCUCAAUAUCGUGGAGAAGAAGGAUGCGCUGGAGCGCAACACAGUGCUCAAUGAGCAAUCCUUGUGCGUGGGCCUGGCACGUGUUGGCCAAGAGACGCAACAGAUUGCCGUGACUACGCUGCUCGAAAUGCGCUCCACAGACCUGGGCGGCCCGUUGCACUCGCUGAUCAUUCCCGCCAAGGAGAUGCACCCACUGGAGGUGGAAUUCCUGCAGCAGUACGCAGCCAACAUCAAACUCGAUGAUUACAAUCAUUAACUAAAUAAUUCCCACCGACUUUGCAUUGAAAUGAAAUGAAAUUAUGAUGUAUCUACAUCUGCACAUAAGUGUUUAGAAAAUGUAUAUGCAUACGCCCGAUGGGCGACACAUUGAAUUGAAUUUAAGAAGCUCGAAGCUCUGCAUCUCUCCAUGGAUUAUAAGAAGAAAGUGAUAUACAUAUGUAUGUGGUUUCACCCACUUGGCUCUGCCCGCUUAAUUCCAUCUUUAUCUGUAGUUUGCCAAUUGUCAGCAAAAAAAAAACAAUAAAAUUGCAUUAACCCAUUA